UUGCCCAUAAACAAUAGUAAAUCACUACCUGAUAUUCAUUCUCUAUCUUCUUCUAUUCUAUUCUACUUGAUCAUGAAGUUAGUCUUCUAUAACUUCUUCUAUCUUUGUGGUUUUUGUUGGUGAAAUCAUGAAAACCGUUGGAUUUAAAUCAAAGGGUACUUAGGACAAUUGUGUGAUGUAUGUCACUUACUCCUUUGAUGUCCAAGACCAAGGAAGUAAAAUUAAAGCCAAUUUUUGUAAGAAACCAAAUUAUAAAUCCUUGCUUUUUUUUUUUCUUUCUUCUCUUCUUCCCAAGUCUUAAAAAAAUACACUUAGCAACUUCCACUGUUAUAUAUAUAUAUAUAUGCUUGUGGGUUUGGGUUAAAAAAUGGAAACAGGUGGUGUUGAUAGCAGUAUGUUGUCAUUGAAUAUGAUGGAAGAGGAUGAGCAUCCUCAUCAAUUUUCUUCAAUCUCAAAGCUACACAACAAUUCUCAAACCACUACUAGUGUCCAUGAUCUUCUUGAAUGCCCUGUUUGCACCAAUUCAAUGUACCCUCCAAUCCAUCAGUGCCACAAUGGGCACACCCUUUGUUCAACAUGUAAGACAAGGGUACACAACAGAUGCCCAACUUGCAGACAAGAGCUUGGUGAUAUAAGGUGUUUAGCAUUGGAGAAGAUAGCAGAAUCACUUGAAUUUCCUUGUAGAUACAUCUCUCUUGGUUGUUCAGAGAUAUUUCCAUAUUAUACCAAACUCAAACAUGAGACUAUUUGUACCUUUAGACCAUACACAUGCCCUUAUGCUGGAUCAGAUUGUUCUUUUCUUGGAAAUAUUCCAUAUCUUGUUGCCCAUUUAAGAGAUGACCAUGGUGUUGAUAUGCAUUCUGGAUCCACUUUUAACCAUCGUUAUGUCAAAUCAAAUCCUAUGGAAGUUGAAAAUGCUACAUGGAUGCUAACGGUUUUCCACUGUUUUGGUAAAUAUUUUUGUCUUCAUUUUGAAGCAUUUCAACUUGAAAUGGCACCUGUUUACAUGGCUUUUCUUAGAUUCUUGGGUGAUGAUAGAGAGGCUAAGAACUACAGUUACAGCCUAGAAGUGGGAGGAAAUGGACGUAAACUAACAUUUGAAGGGAGUCCAAGAAGCAUUAGAGAAAGCCAUAAGAAAGUGAAGGAUAGUCAUGAUGGCCUUAUCAUAUACCGUAACAUGGCACUUUUCUUCUCGGGUGGGGAUACUAAAAAGUUGAAGCUGAGAGUAACAGGAAAGAUAUGGAAAGAACAACAAAACUCUCAAGGUGUAGCUAGCUAGCUUGUGCUCUUUCUUAAUUCUUAUUAUUUUACAUAACUUUGAAAAGUCUCACUUAAAUGUAUACUCUUUUUUAGUGGAUUAGGUACAUUAUUUUUUUUAAUCAAUUUUUGUUUAUAUUGGAGGCUGGAGUAAUACUUGUUAAUGGUUAUGGAAGUUUCAAUUGUGUGGCAAAUUCUAGUGUCAUACUCACAAA